GGGGAGCGGGGCCUCCUGGGCGCCUGGCGCCUGCUCUUCCCGUAGCGGACGCCGCGAUGCUCGGGGGCGGGGUGUGCCCCGCGUUGGACAACACCUCCUGCCCGCGGUUCCCCAGCAGGCCCAGUCCCCUGGCCCGGCGUCCCCGCGCCUGACGCCCCUUCCCACGUCGCCCUCCCGGACUGCUUCAGCCUCCCGGAAGGCCCGGGACCGCCCCCUGCCGUCUCCCUCUCACUGGGCCUGGAAUGGAGUACUUUUUAUCAUGUAUUUCCAGUAUAACAAUAUGGUCAGAGAAUAUUCUGCCAAAUGAUAUCAGCCUUUGGAAUUUGCUGACGCUUUCCUCAUUGCCUGGUUAGUAGGUGCAUUUUGUGUACAUAAUCAAAAUUUCGUGCUUCUAGUAGGUGAGUUUAAUGCUUUUAUUUCUUGACACGACUCAUCCAUUGGACUUGUUUCUACUAGCUUUAUAGUUUUUAUCUUCUAUGCUUUGUCUUCGUUCUCUGCCUUCUGUUGACUUUUUUUUUUUUACUUUUCCUCCUUGACACUUAACAUGCUGACUUUAUUCUUUCAUGUAAAGGUCAUGAGGACCUCUGUCCUCCUGGAUGAGACAACUUAGCAUGCCAGGGACCUGGGGUGUCCUGCACGGUCCCUGCAGUGGGGUCGGGAAGUCUGCGGGAGGCCAGCUAUGCCCCAUGUUGCUGAGCCGGGCCCUGAAGCCACCUCUCCUCCCUCAGCACCAGAGUGACUGGCUCCUGCCUGCCACUGGGGGAGCCCAGGGAACCACAGAUGGCGGCUUUGCACCUGUCUGCCCCGCCCCAGGCUGAGGUGACCUUUGAGGACGUGGCCGUGCUCCUCUCUCGGGAGGAGUGGGGCUGUCUGGGCCCUACUCAGCGGGGCCUCUACAGGGACGUGAUGCUGGAGACCUAUGGGCACCUGGUCUCUCUGGGAGCUGGACCUACAGGUCCCAAGCCUGGGGUGAUUACACAGUUGGAGCGAGGGGACGAGCCAUGGGUCCUGGACACACCGGGUGCCAAGGAGACAGGGCGACUGAGAGUCGAUGGCUCAGCUUAUGGGGCCUGGACUGAGUACAUGGAGUUGGCUUCAGGGGAGAUGCUGGAUGGUGCAGAACGGGACCGACUUGGGGGGGCUGUUCCCCGAACACGAGAGAUAGGAGAAGCCUGUAAGCCUGUCGGAGAGUCAGAGGAGAGGCUGGACAAGCCCACGGAGCAGGAGGGCCCCAGGCCAGUCACAGUGACCAAUGAGGAGAGCAGUCAGGAGUCUGGGGGAAGCCUCAGGCUGGGAUCAAGCCCUGUCUCUGAUCAGAGACCUCACAGAUGUGAUAUAUGUGAUCAAAGUUUUGAACAGAGAUCAUAUCUCAAUAACCAUAAGCGUGUACAUAGGUCAAAAAAAACAAAUAUAGUUCAUGAUUUUGGGGAAAUCGUCAGUGCAAAUUUAGUUAUCCGAAAUCAGAAAAUUCCUGCUGGGAAAACACUGCAUUAUUGUGGUUACUGUGGGAAAGCUUUCAGGUACAGUGCCAACCUGAUCAAGCACCAGCGGCUUCACAGUGAGGAGAAGCCCUACAAGUGCGGUGAGUGUGGGAGAGCCUUCAGUCAGAGCUGCGAGUUCAUCAAUCACCGUAGGAUGCACUCGGGAGAGAUUCCCUACCGCUGUGCUGAGUGCGGGAAGACAUUCAACCGGAGACCCAACCUCAUGAAGCACCAGCGGAUCCACACUGGGGAGAAGCCCUAUAAGUGUGGUGAGUGUGGGAAACACUUCAGCGCCUACUCAUCCCUUAUUUAUCACCAGAGAAUCCACACAGGGGAGAAACCCUACAAAUGCAAUGAGUGUGGAAAGGCCUUCAGUGACAGUUCAAUCCUUAUCCGACAUCGUCGGACUCACACUGGAGAGAAGCCAUUUGAGUGUAAGGAAUGUGGCAAAGGCUUUACCCAAAGUUCUAACCUUAUCCAACAUCAAAGGAUUCACACUGGAGAGAAACCCUACAAAUGUAAUGAAUGUGAGAAAGCCUUCAUCCAAAAAACUAAACUUGUCGAGCAUCAGAGAAGCCACACUGGCGAGAAGCCCUAUGAAUGCAAUGACUGCGGUAAAGUCUUCAGCCAGAGCACACACCUCCUCCAGCACCGGCGAGUCCACACUGGGGAGAAGCCCUACGCGUGUGGUGAGUGUGACAAGGCCUUCCACAACAGCUCCAGACUCAUCCAGCACCAGCGAUUGCACCACGGAGAGAAGCCAUACAAAUGCAGCGACUGCAACAAAGCCUUCAGCCAGGGUGCUCACCUCGCCCAGCACCGGCGAGUCCACACAGGAGAGAAGCCCUAUGCGUGCGGCCAGUGCGGCAAGGCCUUCCGGCACAGCUCCAACGUGUUCCAGCACCAGCGGCUGCACCUCCGGGAAGGUGCCUGCAUGUGAUGGUGGAGGGCCCACCCUACCUGUGAAGUUUGGUCCUUGCAGCAUUGUCACAGGUGAAAGGCAUUUCUGUCUAGUAAAAACACUCUUUUCUUAAGCCAAGAGCAGGGAGUGCAUGUUCAUUUUAGAGGAACUGAGAGAAAGGAGCACAAAAAGGAGAUGCUGCGAUAGUCCCUCCCAUUUACAAGAGAGUUUACAGCUGCCAAUUCAGUAUGUUUCCUUUCAGACACGCUGAAGAGCUCUUCAAAGGAAAGCACUGGUGUGCUUAUUGCAGCGCCCAGGAUCUCCACCUUCACUUUCCCUCAAUAACAGAGAAGUUACACUGGAAAGAAUUCCACAUAUUUACAUAUUUCUACACUUUUUACAUUUAAAAACAUACCAUUCAUGCUUUUCUGAGUCACUCAAGAGGCCUUUUUUAUUGUGGUAAAAUACACCUGACAUAAAGUUUACUAUUUUAACCGUUUUGAAAUGUACAAUUAAGUGGCAUUAGUAUAUUUGUAAUGCUGUGUAACCAUCACCACCAUCUAUAACAGCUUUAUUAUCCCAAACAGACUCCCCAUUCUCCCCUCUUCCAACUGCUGGCAACCCCUAUCCUACUUUCUAUCUGUGUGAAUUGGACGACUCUAGGGACCUCAAAUAAGUGCAAUCGCAUAGUACUUGCCCUUUGUCAUUGGCUUAUCUCACUCAGCAUAAUAAAUAUCCUCAAGGUCCAUCCA